CAUAUAAUAUAUAUAUAUAUAUAAAUAAAUCUAUUUUUAUAUAUUUUGUUGUUUAUCUUUGUCUGCAGAAGGCGAUUGCAGAGAAGCUAGCUAGCAUACCGGUGCAAGCAGCUGCUGCGCUACAAAGAGAAAGAAAAGGAGAGAAAGGGAGAGAAGGAAAAGCAUCAUCAGCAGACAGCUAAAUAGAAAGACAAGAAUUCAAGAGGCUUUCAAUCACUCAGAAGAGAAAACGAUGUCUGAGAGAGCUUUGCACCCCUUUUUAACCCUGCUGCUGCAACUCUCACAGAGUACUGUUUGUUCUUCAUGAAUUACCCGGAAUUCAACCAUGGGUUUUGCUUGUGUUCUUGGCGGAUCCACAGCUAGACGGACCGGUUUAGGCUGAAAAGAGAAAGAUGGUGAUGAUGAUGAUAAAGAAGACGCUGAUAUGGGAAUAGCAAGACCGCCACUUCCAUCCGUCAUAUCUCAUUCAAAGGGUCACCAUCCAAUUCAAACCACGGACAAACCCAUUUCUGUGAAUUCUAUGUCCCAAGACUACCACCAAGGAAUCUUCAGCUUCUCCAAUGGGUUCGACAGAGCCCAACACGAACAACAACACCACAUCGCGCAGCAGAUCCGGAGGGACAAACUCCGUGUCCAAGGCUUCGAGCCUCCUCCGCCCCUCGUCCCCGUAGAAGAAGAGGAAUCCGGCGGCCUUCCCGUCUACGAAACCGCCGGGAUGCUCUCCGAAAUGUUCAAUUUCCAUCCCGGCGCUUCCACCGCCUCCGAGUUGCUGGAGCACCAGAUAUCGCAGAAUUAUCGGAACCCUCCUCGGCCACAGCCGGCGGCAGGAGCCGGAGUGAGCAGUGAAUGGUACGGCAACAGGAACUCCAUCUCUCAGCACCAUCAGAUUCCAUCCAUUAAUGCGGACUCAGCCGCAGCUAUGCAGCUUUUUCUGAUGAACCCGCAGCCAAGGUCUCCUUCUCAAUCGCCGUCUCAUCCUCCGGCGACAUCCUCCACACUCAACAUGCUUCUUCCAAACCAAUCGUCCACUUCUAGUCUACAAGGGUUUCACAAUCCAAUUGGUCCUAAUUCCCAAUUCACUUGGGUUCCUAAUGCUGGCGCCCACGAAGGAGGCAGCGCCGCCCCCCAACUCAACAACCCUAGUGAAAUUGGCGGCGUCGUGGAAGGCCAAGGCCUGUCCUUGUCUUUAUCCUCUUCACUGCAGCAUCUGGAAGCCGCAAAGGCCGAGGAAUUGAGGAUCGGAGACGGCGGGAUGUUGUUCUUUAAUCAAGCAGGAGGGUCUAAUAAUUCGGGUCAGUAUCCAUACAAAAAUUUGCAUUUGCAAGGCGGAGUUGGUAACAGUCAGCCUAUUCAUGUUGGUUUCGGUACUUCACUGGGCGUGGUCAAUGUCCUGAGGAAUUCCAAAUACGCCAAGGCUGCCCAAGAGUUGUUGGAAGAAUUCUGUAGUGUUGGGAGGGGUCAGUUCAAAAAGAACAAGUUCGGAAGAAAUAACAUCAACCCUAAUCCUAAUCCAAGCAGCAGCGCCGGUGGCGGGGCCGGAAGUGGCGGCGGCGGAGGUGGUUCUUCGUCCACCUCCAAGGACCCCCCUCCUUUAUCGGCCGCUGAUAGGAUUGAGCACCAGAGAAGAAAGGUCAAACUGUUAUCCAUGCUUGAUGAGGUGGAUAGGAGGUAUAACCAUUACUGUGAACAGAUGCAAAUGGUGGUGAACUCAUUUGACUUGGUGAUGGGAUUCGGAUCAGCAGUGCCAUACACAGCGCUCGCCCAGAAGGCCAUGUCGAGGCAUUUCCGGUGCCUGAAAGACGCCAUAGCAGCACAGUUGAAGCACAGCUGCGAGCUACUGGGAGAAAAGGAUGCAGGCACGUCCGGAGUGACGAAAGGGGAAACACCAAGGCUCAAACUGCUAGAGCAAAGCUUCAGGCAACAAAGAGCCUUCCACCAAAUGGGCAUGAUGGAGCAAGAAGCUUGGAGGCCCCAAAGAGGCUUGCCUGAGCGCUCUGUCAACAUUUUGAGAGCUUGGCUUUUCGAGCAUUUCCUCCACCCGUAUCCAAGCGAUGCCGAUAAACAUCUCUUGGCACGACAGACUGGUCUAUCCAGAAAUCAGGUGUCAAACUGGUUCAUAAAUGCCAGGGUCCGGUUGUGGAAGCCCAUGGUGGAGGAGAUGUACCAGCAAGAGACCAAAGAAGAGACAGAAGAGAGAGAAAGGGGCCAAAGCAGCAGCAGUGGCCUCAUUGCACAAACACCAACGCCUUCCUCCACCACCAUGCCAUCAGCAGCAGCAGCAACCACAACAAUUACAACAGCUACGGCAGCACCCAGAAGAUCCGAAAUCAAUGUGCUUGAAAACGACCCUUCACUCCACGCAAUCAAUAGACACCGCUUCUCGGAAAACCAAGCAAAACUGCAGGCCACCACCUCCUCCUCCUCCUCCAUGACCAUUCCGGCCGCCGCUUCCUUGCCGCCGUCCAUAAUCCAAUCUUAUCCUGUCAUUCUUCAGGAUUCUGACACGUGCCGCCGCGGCACCGUUCUCUGCGCUGACUAUAGUGGUGCCGCCGCCGCCACCAGCGGCACCACCGAGAAUGCCGAAAUGGGGUCGCCGCUGAUCAGGUUUGGAACCAGCGGGGGUGAUGUCUCCCUCACUCUAGGGCUUCGCCAUGCCGGGAACUUGCCGGAGAAGAGUCCUUUCUCAGUUAGAGAUUUUGGGGCCUGUUAAGUUAUACAAAUUAUAUAAAUAGCUUGAGAGCAAAAAACAUAGCCUGUCUCGUUAAUUAAAUUAAUUACCUAGUAUCGUCUGUUAAUUAAAUGUUCCCAUAUUCCAUUAAGAAAAAUAAUAUACCCACGAGAAAAGUAGCAUCUUAUUACAGUUA